AAAAGAGUAUAAAUCUUGUAUCAAGUUUCAAGAUUUCGUGCAGUGAUCGUAUUAUCCGAGAUAAUAUCCUUGACUAGGGUGAUUUUGUUGCUGAUUGUUGGUUAUUAUUAGUCACUGAUCAAUAUCGAUUGUUAUCAUUAUUAUUUUAAUAAGAUACUAAAAAGGGAACGAAGAAGAAGAAAAAGAAGAAAAAGAAGAAGAAAAAAAAAAAGAGACGAUGGUUGUUAAUAAUCCAAAUAAUUGGCAUUGGGUUGAUAAGAACUGUUUAAAUUGGGCUAAAGAGUAUCUUGAAAAUAAUUUGACAACAAUUUCCAAAGCCGUAAGUGUUGCAAAGAACAAGAAGGAUAGUGGUGAUAAUAGCGAGAUUUUAAUCAAGGUUGUUAAGAUUAACUCGGUCAGUGGCGAUUGCGAUGUUGCCCAAAGAAAGGGGAAAACCAAGUGUAUUUUUGAUUUGAACUUGGAAUUCGAGGUAAAUGGUGUUUUGCUCAACACCAAGGAUGAUGCAAUAGAGGGCAAAGGGGAGACCCCAGCCGGAAAGGACGCUGAAAAGGAAGGGAAGGAAAGCAGUGAGAAAAGCAGCGAGAAAAGCAAUGCCAAUGUGUUGUUCAGCAACAAAGUAUCAUUGCCAGAGUUCUUGCAUGACAUGCCCCAGGCUGAUUACAACUUCAUAAUCCACAGCUCGACGAUAAACAGCGAUGAGCCAUUGGACAUGAACGAGAAAUCUGUAAUCCGAGCCAACCUCUUGCCAUUGGUCACUGCGGAGUUGAUGAAGUUCCAGUCUGUGUUGAUCGACACCCACUCGAAGGACAUUCAGCACUCUUUCUAACCAGCUGUGUCUGCAACUGCAGCUGGUUUCAAUCUGUGACAGUCCAUUCUCCAGCACAGGCCCAAGAGCGGUUUCUCUAGCUCAACUGUAUAGAAAUCGCGAUAAUGCACAUGUGUGAAACCACUCUACUGGACGCAACCAGGGUCUUGGAUUACUGCGCUCCCAUGCACAUACCCGUGUAUGCACGCCAACGCGUAUGGUAUAAAUAGAUCUGGCGUUUCUUUUGGCGUUUCCGCUGUUUUUUGAGAGACAUUUCCCUUUUGGGACUGUGAACAGAGAUCCGUGAUGCGAUGAGCCUUCAUUCUGGCCGGUGAGCGCGG